UGUGUAAGCCAGCCGUACCCACGCCCGCCACGGUUCCCCGGGUCCAGCUCUCACACCGACGCACACCAGCGAGGAAGGAGGAGGAGGAGGGGGAGGAACAGUGAGGGACGUCCAGGCGGGAGGAUCAGGGAGGAUGUGUGUAACGGCGGCGGGCGAGCGAGCGAGGUGCGGCGCAAUGCUAAGGAUGAUAGACAAACGGUUCUCUUGGUCACAGUGAAGUACGGGAGAGCUGCGUGUUUUUAGUGAUGUAAAAACAAGAACAAAAAAUAGAAAAAAAAUAGCAAAAGGGAAUUCAUGAGUAAGUUUUUAACCCUUGAUCUUGAGUGCGUUUGAAAAAUACAGCUUUACAAAGUGCAAACCUUCUACCUGCAAACUGGAAACUGAGAAGGAAGAGCUCUAUCGUACUAAACGCAAGAACGAUUUAGCCAAGGCCCGAACACUCGACUCUACGAAUUCAACGGAAGCCAAACUCUCGUGAAAGGCCAGGCCCACGUGAAGCCGUUUAGCAUAAGCCUGACCCCAGGAGAUGGACCCGGGGGUGGGGGGAGGGCGAGAGGGAGGGGGACAGCUUUAAUCCAGCGAAAUAGAUAGACGAAUAGUCGGAUGGGAAGAUAAGUCAGAUAGAUAGACUGAUAAAGAGAGACAAAGAGAGAGAACAAUGACGUCUCCCUCCGCACCUCCAGCCUCCACGUGACCUCUACGGUGAGACGUCAGCUUCAUCAUGAUGUCAGGGUCGGAGGUCACCUUGGAGGUCACAGUGCCUCCAUCCGACUUUAGUCUGGACCUUAUCCUGACGUCCUCGCCCUCGCCCUCCACCUCCUCGGGCACACUACCUCCCUACCUCACCAUGGAGGCUGCUAACGGUAGCCAAUCAGGGAACUGCUCGGAGCACCUCAGCCACUUCACCUGGACCAACCACAAGCUGGCCUCGAUCAUCAUCCUGGUGGUGAUCAACGCGCUGGUGCUCGCCGGGAACACCCUAGUCAUCCUGGCCGUGUUCCUCUCCAGCAAGCUGCGCACCGUCACCAACCUCUUCAUCGUGUCCCUAGCAGUGUCUGACCUCCUGCUGGGGGUGAGCGUGCUGCCCUUUAGCAUGGCCUACACCGUGUUCGAGUCGUGGGUGUUCAUGGCGGCGUGGUGCUCCAUGUGGCAGGCCAUCGACGUGUGGCUCUCCACCGCCUCUAUCCUCAACCUAGUGGUCAUCAGCCUGGACAGGUGAGUAAUGGACACCAUGGUAAUUUGAGCUUCACUUAGGUGAGGCUGAAAUUCUGUCGGCGGUGCGUUCACUCAAUUCUUUAUCUCCGAGAGAGUUGCAAUUCGGGAACAAACGCGUGGAUGAUUGAAAACUUUGACGCUUAAAACUUUUCAACUUAAAGUAACGCCCAUUUAUUUCUCUUGUUUUCGGAAUAAUGCUUUGCUCCUCAUGCCAGCGAGUAUGAAUUAUAUUUUGAGGUGUUCUUCAUUUUUUCUCCUCACAAACAAUUACGUUUCUGUGUAACUUACGAAAAGUUUGAGCUUGAAAAAGAGGAAGCACUAUAAUUUCAGUUGGAGGCUGGGAAAGUAUUCAGAACUUUACUUUAAGGUUACUAAUUAUGAUGACGGCGCAUGACUUGGGCAGUGGGGUGCAAGAUGUGCCUGCUAAGCGAUCUUUCAUUGCUCCGCUUUCUUCAUUGAUACAGUAGUGCAUAACUCGUAUUAAAAUAUUUAUAUCUAGUUCCUUUUACAUUUCUCCAUGUGCAGUUUUU